AUGGCCCAAGGCCGGAGCCCGGGGGCACCUCCGAGGGCAGCUAGACUGCCACAGCGUGCCCGGGAAAACUUGCUGAACUCUUCGGCUGGCCCCCGAAACUACCCACGAGUCGAGAAUCGCGGCGGGUUCGGAAGGCGAGAGCAGCCGCGCCCGCUCCACCGGGGAGGCCGAAACGGGGCGGGGGGCCAGCCCGGCUUCUCUCCGCCUCCACGGCCUCGCCGAGCCGCUUUGCACGCGAGGAGGCCCGCCCGGGGAGCUGGCCGGCGAAGCGGGGGCGAGCGGAGACGGCCCGAGUUCCCUCCCCCGGCCGGCCGGCCGCCCCCCGAGCCCCCCGCUCUCUGCCCGCCCGCGAGGCGCGGCCGUCGAGCUUCAGACGUGCGGCGCUUGCGUGUCCGGGCCGGCCUGGCGCGUACUCACGGUGGGGCGAGCGAGGAGCCGUGCGGCAGCCCUGGGAAAUGGAGGCCGGAGGCUUCCUCCGAGCGCAGCGGGCUGCAGCCUGGCCGCCGGCCAAGCCAGCAACAGCUGCCGGCCAGAGACUCUUAUUAUAGCACAGGGCCCGGCGAGGGCCGGCCCGGGACCCCUCCCCUCCCCUCGGCCUGCCCCUUCCCCUUCCCACCCAGGCCAGGCCCGGCAGUGCCUCCCUCCCUUUCCCUGCGGCUGCACAACGUCUGCUAG